AUGACAUAUGAUCCUGAGCACACUUGUGGAAGAAGGAUCGAGAACAAGCUGGUAACAAGGGAGUGGGUUGCAGAGAAGUUAAUUCCCUGGUUGAGGACCCAGCCAAACAUGUCUACACAGCAGAUAUUUGAGUUCUUCAUUCACACUUACCAGGUGAAGUUGCAUGAUGCAAUGGUUUUUAGGGCCACCAAGCUGGCCAAGCAAAAGUGUGAAGGUGAAGAAAGGGAGCAGUAUGCAAUGCUGAGAGAUUAUGCCCAUGAGAUUUUAAGAUCCAACCCUGGUUCGAUUGGGUUGGAUGCUGCAAUCAAAGAAGUAUGUGAUGGUGCACCCCACAGAUUUUGCAGCAGGCAUAUCUGGGCAAACCUGACCAAGCAUGCUAAGUACAAUGGUGGUGAACUGCGAAGAGCAUUUUGGAAUUGUGCCAAAGCAUCAACUCCACAAAGGUUCACGCUGUGCAUGAAUGCUCUUCGAAGGAUCAACCAAACAAUUGCAAAAGUAUGGGACUUGACUGGCAUACCAUGCAAGCAUGCCAUUGCUGCCAUGUUGUACAAUAGCCAGAGGCCAGAGAAGUUUGUCAAUCCUCUCUUAAGGAAAGAGGUCACAGAUAAAGAUUAUGAACCUUUCAUACAUCCCAUCAGUGGUCAAGAUUACCGGGAGAGGACUCCUGAUGACCUUGUCCUUCCUCCAAAGAUGAAAAGACAACCAGGAAAACCCAAGAAGCAGAGGAAGAAGGCUAACCCUCACAAGUUAAAGAGACAGUUGAAUGAUCUAAGGUGUGGCAAGUGUGGAGAAAUGAGGCACACUAAGCGAAAAUAUACUGGACAACUAGUUGUUAAGGGGAAAAAGGACAGGCAUGGUGCUUCUACUUCAGGUGGUGCUCCGAGUGGUUCUGGGCUAGCUGAAGCAGAGAAUCUGAAUGUUCAAGUGGAAAUGAAUGAGAAUAUGGAAGUUACAACAGAAGAAAUGAAUAUAUCGCAAGAAUCUGCUCCACCCCAACCCUCAUAG